GGUUCGCUCAUUUCUCCCUCAGUCUCUCUCUCUCCCUCUCGUCCCAUCCAUUCUCCUUCCUUCGUUUCCUCCUGAAAGCAUGCUGGGAGCUUCAUCUACCUCGCGCCCAAACUGAAAGCCGAAAGGACUUUUUUAUUUAUUUUUUUUCACCCUUUUACGACCGACUCUUCUCCACCCAUCCAAGCGUUUACUCCUCGGAUUUAAUCGGACCCUGUCUAUUUUUCAACCCGGUUGGCUAUGCUACCAGUGUGAGGCUGAAGAAAAAUCGGAGAAAGCUACCACAGGUGAAAGGAGGCUUUACGACGCUGCGGUAUAGAUGAUUGAACACUUGGAGCAGUAACUCAGCGCAGGUACCCGCGCACCGCUCUUCAUCAUACUGAAAUUCAGGACGAAAUCUGUGGUGAACACACUUUGGGAUAACUAAAAAGGACGUCCACUAACUUGUUUAUCAAAACAGAUAUAAAGGCACUGCUUUGUUUCCCAAGUGGGGAUUCCUGAGGAAGAUGUGACCUUUUCUUUUGCGCACAAGAAAUCCGAAGGAGCAUAUAUCACUGCUUUUCCAUCAGUUGCUCGAUCUUGACAUGUCUUUCUGUAGGAUUACACGCGGAGAUAUGAGCAUUGAGAGAAUCCGAGCUGGAUUGUGAGAUCAGCCCUCUAGCUUUGCUUUUUUUUUAUUUUUUUCCCCCCCUUCGGAGAAUAAGUGCUCUGUUCGUUCAAUGGCUUCAGUGUCAAGGUUGCCAAGACGCAAAGAUGCCAGCCGCUGGCCGAGAAUGUCGUCAACUUUCUGGGCUGUGGUGCUUCUGACAGCGCUGCUGGUUCUCUACUGCGGCCAACUGGCAGCGGGGACAUGUGAGAUUGUGACGCUGGACAAGGACAGCAGCCAACCACGGCGGACCAUCGCCAGGCAGACGGCCCGCUGCGCCUGUAAGAAGGGGCAGAUCGCUGGAACUACAAGAGCCAGACCUGCCUGUGUGGACGCUGGUAUUGUUCGGAAAAGGCAGUGGUGUGAGAUGGUGCCAUGCUUGGAGGACGAAGGCUGUGACCUGUUAGUCAAUAAAUCUGGCUGGACUUGUACACAGCCCGGAGGCCGAGUCAAAACCACCACGGCUCUAUGACGCGACAAGAGUCCCCCUCGACACUCAUGCACUAUGGAGAGCAUUGACGACCCCUUGACAGACAGCCAAAAACCAUCUACCAACACCACCUACUCCACCCUACCAACGUCAGCAACAUCACAGCACCUCCAACCAAACCCUGGUCCCUCAAAGGCAGGACGCAACACGAGCAGCUGCAGAGCACCAGGGUCCUCAUGGAGGCAGCAAGAUCUCAUAACACAGCCAGAGACUGAACAACUGGGGAAGGACUGUUUUAAGGAGCGAGUAUUACCCUGGACACUGGAAAAACUGCUUUCCGUAAAACACCUUCUAUCUCCUGUGACUGCCUCCUCUUGGUUCGGGACUGCUCCUUCCUGCUAUCUGUCGUCGGGUCAAAAUGUGGCAUCCACCUUCUCUCCUCUUUAUCUGCCUGCUGUGUAAACGAAGCAGCGCCUGCUCGCCGCCACGGAGGAAACGGACACUUUAAAAAUCCCAUGAAUGCAGGUUUUUUUUUUUUUUUUGCCUCUUUCGAUAGCCUGCUAUUUAAAACUGCUUUGACUAAAAGGGAUUUUUUUUUUUUUUUUUUUUUCCACAUCGCAUCCAAGGAGCUCGACGAGCAAAGACAGGAUCAUUACAGACGCCAGACCCUGUCGCUGCUUGGACCACCUCAUGAGGGCCAUGAAAACUGAACUGAGCGCGCUCUGCUGUGAAUAGGCCUUCUGCUGGAGUAAACCUCCCAUAUUUUUAUAGACCAAAGAGCAAAACAACAAAUAUGAUCAUGAUGACGGAGUGGACCAUCUGGCAAAGACACACACACACACACACACACACGCAGACUUUGUGCACUUGCUAUUUGUGCGCGCCACCGACAAACGACUGCCCCCUCCCUCCCUCCCCCACACAGAGACACAGUGCACAAGAAGGGGACUGCUGUAAAACUGAACCUUUCGCCCGGUGGCAUGUGUACUGAACACAAUCAAAGGAGUACUUUUAAAAACUUUGCAGACUUUUUUUUUUUUUCUCAGACUAAGCCCACCACUGUAUUUUGGAACUGGAGAUAUUAGGUAUUACAUUACGUAUAACUGUGUAUCAAAAAAAAAAACCUGAUUUGCAUUUUUACCUAGCGACAGUUUGGGACAGCUUCGAGGAACAGUGUCAAAGUUGGAUAUGGAGCGCAUAUCAUAUCAAAGAGGUGAUGAGUAUCUACAGAGAGUCUGAAUGCUACUGAGUCUGAAAAAAAGAUGGAGUAAAGACAUGUCAUUAAAUGUAUUUUAAAAAGGCCCUAAAAAGUUAUAUAUUUAACAGUUUUAUAUGUUGUACCUUUGUAGAGAAGCUUAUUGGACUUUAAAAUGUGGUCACAAUGGCAGUUUAGUCGGAUGUGAACACACGCUGUUGUUCUCAUUACUGCUGGCUCGUAGUCCCAGGUUUUCUGUUCACACUUCGGUAGCCGCUUUCUUUUCAUGGUCAUCAACACGUCACUGUCUAUCAGACGCAUUCAUGAAGAAAAAAAAAAAGGAAAGUGACACAAUUUAUUGAGGACUGAUCCGCAGCCAAAUGAACAUUGUAAAUCUAUGGUAGUCAGUGGAAGCCAUUGAAAAACCUGCUAAUUUGCUAUGAUAUUGUAAUGUACACGGUGUGGAAUACUGACUCAUUUCCUCUCUAUGGGUUUUUGAUCUCUUAAUUUAUUUUUGUGCUUGUGUUUGUAUUGCACAAAUUUGGCCUCUCUCCGACGGCGACGGAUCCAAGAGGAGAGAGAGAGAGAGAGAGCGAGAGAGGGAGAGAGAGAAAGCAGAGGAAGCAUCGCAGAAGUAUUAGAGUCAUUUACAUACAUUUUUUUAUCAUGAAAUAUUUUAAGAAUAAAUUAAAUACAUGAAAAGAAAAUGUCCCCCUGCAAAUUGAGAUGGUCCUGGUGUUCAAGGUCAUCAAAGUAAAAAGUCAAAUGAU